UGUUGUGUUUUGGGGGGAUUAUUUCAACAGCUAAAAGAUAUUACGGGAGAUGCAGUUGGGUUACUGUUCAGUCCUGGCUGGCGCUAACUGUUUCCCUGCCCCAAGUAUUUGGACUAAUUUACUUACUUAUUAUUUGGGAAGUACCGGAUAAGUUAGCUUAGCUUUAGGGCACCGUAACUAGGACAUAGUUUACCUUUCGCUAAGUUGGAAAAUAAAUGUGACCUACUGCCACCAAACUCGUCGCCUCGGUCACAUGGAGUGAAUGUAGAGUGUAAGUUACGGUAAAUAGUUUAACCGGAUUAACCUACAUUUAUCUCCAGAAGUACUUUACGCAUUUGUUUGUCCUCAUUCUCCCGGAUUCAGCUGCUGCUUUACCUUGAUUGACCGAACUUAACUGAACUCACAUACUUUCCACCUUAAAAGAGCACUUAUGUUUCGUUUCCUCCUGUAAUAGUGGAGAAAUUCAUAAUAGUAAGUUUUUCUCAGUGUUUAUUGGCCACACGAGUCUUAUUUUAUAAGAUUUAAGAUCUGAUGUGACACGACUGCAAUUCGUUUUUCCCCUUUUAACCAAUAAGCUAAUGCAGCAUAACAGGGGCAGAUGGCCAAGAGCUAUGCAGGAAUAUACAGCCAUUCAUUGAUUACUUUACUAAAUGACAUUUUUUUUGAUAAACAAUUUCAGGCUUUCCCCUCAAUCUAAGUGCCAAGUUGUCUUAUUUUUAUCUUACAUAUGGGAUUUCCUCGUUUUCUUUUAACUUUAUGUAGCUUUAAAUGGAAAAGUGAUCGUUUUGAUGGUUGUUAAUCAGAGAAAAUAAGAUAUUUGAGAGCAUUGUAUUGACUUGUAACCUUUUUUGGGCUUCUGGGGACUUGUCAGAGAGUUCAUGAAGAAAUAACCAGUUAAAUCCAUGGAAAAUUCACGAAGAUUAAUUUUGUCCCUAUGUUAUGAACAGUCAUUAUAUAUGGACGCUAUGUGUAUAUAUAAUAGGGGCAUAAGCAGUCAGUGUAAAGUUGGACAAACUGUCAAAUGCAAGUGAAUCCCCUCAAAAGCAGCAUACUCCGUUCUUUAUGUUCCCAAGUGUGAAAGAGCUGCAGUGCUGAGCUUGCCAAUCCUUCAUAUUUCACAUGCAAGAAAAUGCUAAUGAAUUAAAGUAUCCUGAGGCCACUCAAGCUUUAAACCAACAGCAUACUAAUAAGGGUGCAGUCCUGCAUAUGAAUAUUUUUCAAUCUGAAGCUCUGAAUUGUGUACUAAUAAGAUCCAGGGCUCUAAAUUGCAGUUACAUUACAAAUACUUUUGUUUUAUUUCUUAAUUAGUGAAUAUUUUGAUUCUUUAAAUUCAUUUCUGUCCUCUUUUACUGAUAAACUGAUUUACUUAUUCACAUUGUGCAUUCCUGGUAUUUGAAUAAUGGCUCUUCUGAUGAGAUAAAAGUUGUUGCUGGGCCGACAUCCUUCAGGCACUACCUCCUACACUGCAACAGCAUAGUUUUAAAGCUUGUCAGAUGCACAUUUAGUUCAUAAUAUCAUCCGCAGUUGGCUGUUAAAUAAAUUUUCCUCAGGUUUGAUUGUGAAUGAGACCUCUUUGCCAAGCAGCUUAUCCACCCAGUGGGCUUGUAUUCACUUAGACUCCAGCUGCAUUCAUUCAGCUCCCUCACCAUGACCUAAGUGCUUAACCACUUGAAUAGUGGUCUUAAGCUGGAAAUCGGUAUCUACCACAAUCAGUUUUUGUGGAUAUUUGGGAGGCAGAUAACACGCGAGUGGGUCAGAUGUGAAAUCGGUCCGAUUUGAUUACAUUAAAAUUCUUUCCAGUCAUGCUUGCUUGAGCCAUGUGGUGAUAGAGUCUAGCUGCUGUCUACUAAUUUGGCAUCAUAAGACCAAAUCCAUUAUCUCAAGUAGAAACAUGUCAUUACACUCAGUAUGUGAAACGAGUGGAAAACAACCUUGUUUUUCUCAAAAUAUCUGACAUGUUGAACCUCCUCUGGCUCUGGGAAAUUCCUUGAUAUGGCACUUUAGGUUGGCUCUCAGCAUUUAUACCUUUGAGUGCUGUUAAAAAGUUACUGCUUUCAGUUUUUUCUUGUUUUUAUUGAAAUGAAUGAAUUUACUUUUACAGAGUCCAAUAAAUGGCUGCACCUUUUCUGGUCUGAACCUUCUACAGCCUGGUCUACAGCAGGCUAAUACAGGCGUGGCAGUGGUGUGUGUGUGUUUCUGUGUGUGUAAAUUGCGGCGCAGUGCAGGAGGCCUGUAUUUAUAGAAACACUUGACUACACUCAGAGACCUUACAGCAGCAGUGUACCACAUUGCAGAGAGCUGUACUGUCUUUUCCUCUCCUGCAAGGUUUGUGCACUCUUUUUAGUUGUGGUGGGGUGUGUACUGAGUUUUGAAAAGGUUCUUCAUACCGUCUUUGUGUUGCACUAAAAUCUGUUUUAGUCUAGGCCGACUGCAAAAACAGGCAGACAAGACGGUAACAAAGCUGUCGGUCUCGCGUCUUUUAAAUUGCAGUACGUGGUGCGACUCAUAAGCGAUAGCAGUCAUUGCAGACACACAUUGUGCAUGUUGAGGUAUGCAGAGUUCCUGAAUGAGAGUGUGCGUGUGUCACGAGGAAUCAGUAAGACUUAAUGAAGUAAUCUGAGCAGAAGGGGGGCGUUGGCAACUGUGCUUGUUUCAUUGCUUGGUUUGGUCCUUUUUGAAUAAGUUGUACUGUUUUCCUAGCAGACAGGGUGGCCCUCUUUUUUUCUUGUUUUCCUCCCAAUGAUUGGCUGCAAUGUACCUGCUGUGUAAAUAUAUGCAGCUGUGGCAGGUCUAAACUCCUUUUCCACACAACCUGCGCAAAUCAACGAUUCCUAUUUGCAAGCUCACCUCAGGAAAGAAAAAAACAAGAAAAAGUGUGUGUUUAAGUGUCCCAAAUCUGUAAAUUCAGCUUCUGUCUUCUCGCUGAACUUAUUCCCUUGCAUCCUGCAUGUGGUUUUAGCUGUGAAGGAAAAUAAGUGUGUGUGUGUGGAGUGUUUGCACAGGAGACGAAAAGAACAGUCAUUCCCUUUACUUGUGGAUUGGCUGCAUUCAGGAAGCAGACCCCACACCCCUCCACACACACACUAAGAGCAUUUACUGUACAUCCUAAAGCAUGCUGUGUCCCUCAGGAGCUCAAAGGAAAACGCCCUCUUCCUCUCAGAAGCAGGAGAACCACUCAGACUCCAGCUGGUGUUGAUGUGUGUGUCGUUGUGCGUCCUUGUUUGUGGGUUGCUUUUUGCUUUGAUCGUGAUUGAGAUUGCUCAAGAAAAUGCAGAUAAUUGUCUUGGGUUUGUCAGUUAGAAAUGUCUCUGUAGUCCCUUAAAAAGUUGGGUUUGAGAAAAGUGUGUGGACAUUCUCAUGGUUAAAAAUGUAUGUUUGCUAAGCUUAUAAUGCCCAGAUGACACCUUCUUCCACCUACAUGUGAAGGCAUGUGGAUGGGUUUCUGUAUUGUCUUAGCAGAGUGUGAGCGUGUAAACCUCUGCCUGCGCAGAUUUACACACUCAUAUAAUCACUGUUAACAACUAUUGGCUAGUGGCUAUGAUGUGACUGAUUUCUGGUCAUGUUUUCCUCAUCAGUCUGCUUUUAAGAUUAAUUAUUUCCCCUAUUGUUCUGGGUUUCUUUAGUUAUUAAAACACAAUACUGUGAAGUUGAGAAUUUUUUUUUUUUUUAUAAAUUUGUGAAUACUGAUCUUAAGGAAGCAGAUGUUGGAAUAGUGCCUUGAUUAUUCCAUCUGUUUAAGACUGUGGGUAUUUUCUUAUGAAAAUCAGCCCCAACAGCUAACAGAUACUGUGGCCCUGAACCUUUCUACAAAUUCUCUGACAGAGGUUGAUAUGAGAAUGCCAAUGUCCGAAACAGCCAAAGGUAUCAUUAAAUAGUAUUUAACCUACCUGCUCCCAAACAUAGCAUCUCUCUGGUGUCUGAAUGUGGCUGUUUUCUUUGGUAGUGCAGGUAAUCGGGGGAAAUUAGGGUGCAGCGGUGGAAGCAUCCAUGGGCAGCCUCGAACUCCCUGUCUACCUUCAGAGAGUGUUUAUUGUCACAUGAUGGCGAGUGUUAAAAACAAUGAAGUGUCAACUGUAGCCACAGUCUGUGCUUGGCGUUCUGUAUUUUAUUUUAUUUUUUUUAAAUCUUUGUACACAAUGUACACAACCGCAGUGGCAUAAAUUAAGCAUAAUAGUCAUUCAAGGUACUGAUUGGGCGUCCAGUGCCCUGCUAUCUGCGUGCUCUAUCGAAUCAGCUUUGCCCCCAAUAAGAACAUGCAUAUUUUCAGUAGUGAGAACUGUCUUCUGCUGUGUCUUACAUGUGAGAGAGGAGCGCUUCAAACAGUGUCCUGCCUUGACAUUUUCCAGGAAUCAUGUGUGAAAACGACUGCUGUCACAUAUUCUUCAGCAAAGCAUCCUGUGAACAGAUCGUGACAUGGCAACACUUAAACAGAGAGCCACAACAUAAGACCGUGGACAGUUUUAUCGUCAUCUGGACUGAGUUUUAGAAAUGUUUAGCACCGUCCACAUCUAAAAAAUGUUCUCGCUGUGCGUCACUUUAUAGUAGUCGGUGACUAGUGGAUAUCCUAAUGUAGCUAACGACUGCUCCUGUGUCUGUCAGCGUCACUGCCAUUUGUAAUUGCUUAUAAUGGCUCUUCUAAAAGUUUAGAGAAGUUUAAUACAGGAUCCUUCCCCUUUGCUUUGCUGCUGGCUACUACACAUAACUGAAUGUCAUUGACAUCAAAUGUUGUCUGUUUGCUACUAGUCAUUUCUUGUGUGGAUGCUCCAUUAUAAAAAAAAACAUUGUGAACCAGUUUAUUGACAGAGCUGAAUCUCAGUGUGUUUGCUUUAGUAUGUCUACGUUUGCACUGCACUCCAAGUGUAGUUUGCUUGCUGCAGCUGAAACUUACUACAAUGGCAGGAAAUGACAUCAUAGUUAAUGACUUGCCCCUCCUUGGGGCAUGCACACACAAGGACAGUCUCACACACACACAUACAUACACACUUGGAGUGAGGUACCUUCGGUCAUGCAGGUCACUGGUGCAUCAUGUCAGCUAGUGAUGAAUGGAACUGAAAUGCAGUAUUUCCCUCUGGCGUAGAGAUGCGAGUGUAUGUGUGUGUAUUUGUGUGCCUGUGUGUGCACAGUUGAACCAAAACGACUCGAGAAAAACUAAUAACUGUUCUCACAUUCCGUUAAUUUUCCUCUGAGGUGUAACUGAAGUGUUGAAAAUAACAAUUAAAACCACAGAUAUUGUGAAUCAGUUGCCCCUCUCCCACUUGGUGUGCGUAUGUGUGGUGUUUGAGCGAACAGUGUAAUUACACUGCAGUGAGUCAGAGGGGGGAGAGAGAAAGAAGUAAUUGUUGGGCUUUGUCAUAUAGAUGGAGAGAAAAGAUGUGGGAGGAGGAGAAAGCUGGGUGGAGAAGACAGAACAUUUUCUGUGUUUGUGCAUAAAUGCAGAAAACGUGACCUUUUUUCUACUAAACAUCAACCAAAAUAUCUUCUUUUACCUUCAUAUGCAGGAUGUUUUUUUUCACCUUGGUGGGUUCCUCUUACCUCCUGCUGUGUGGGUUUAUUUGUCCAGUUGUUCGUUGCUCUGGUAUCUCGGGAUAUGUUUCAGACGCCACUUCCUCUUCGUUCAAGCAAAUGUUGUCGAUAGUUACAUGAGAAAAUCAAUACUAAUAAUACUCAUCUCUGCCGUUUUAAAUACAAAUGGGGUUUCUGGCAAGCGGUUUGGAUUACCAGAUUGACUGGAAACAGGGAGAACAGCUAAUGUGGCUAUGUCUACAGGAAGGAAACAAAAACCUGUUUGGUUUAAACAUCAGAAACCGUCUUUAAGUAUACUGGCAUGCCGAGUGUCUCAAAAUUCUCUAGAAAGCGAACGUGAAGGUCCCAAACAAGUGUGUUGUUUCCUGAUGAGCAGUGCACUCACUGUAAAUGGUAAUCUUCAGAUGGCCACCUUUAUUCUUCAACUCUCUUAGGCAAUUUUUAGCCCUUCAUUUGUGCAAAAAUACAAUUUUCAUGUCUGACAAACUGUGGAAUAAUUGGCAUUUUUCAUAGAAUCAGCUAAAGAAAUGGGAACAAAUGAUGUGUUUUGGGGGGUGUUAGUAACAAAGCGCCCAAAAAUAGUUUACUUUUGUUAAUCUUGAAUUGUUGGUGGCAUAACAAAAAAACAAACAAAAAAGCAUUCCUCUGAAAAUGAUCAGGUACACGGACUGGACUAAAAAAAUGAAGCAUCCAAUGUCCAAAGGAAAAAAAUUGAAAUACCUUCAGAAAUCCUGGAGAGCUAUUCUUCAAAUCCACCUUAAAAAACAACAACAACAACAAAACUCUAAGAAAGCCUACUAGAUGUCUGCUUAGACAUAAAAAUAUAAAGAAAUGAGGGGUGGCUCUAGACUUUUGCACAGUGCUGUAUCUGUAUCACAGUGCUGGAGGUUCUCUUUGGGUCCCAGGCUAAAACAUUUGUUUUCUAUCCAGGAAAAGCCCUAAAUACUAACAGAUCCAGAUGUAAUGAAUAUUUUAAAACUUUUUUUAUGUCUGAUUUUUGGCUAAGAGAAUGCAUGUGCAUGAGAUGGCUAAACAAUUAAAUAAUGUCUUCAUCGUGUGUGUUACAAGACCCGUUUGCUGUAGUGUGGUUAUUAUUUUUAAAUGAUUCUCCCUUUGCUUUCCUCUUCAUAUUGACACAUGCAUAACAACAUCCCUAAAGCUCAAGUAAGCUCAAGAACUUCAGUUUCCUUUACAGUGAAAGCCACACAUGCACUGAGAACAGGACCAAAGCAGUCUUCAGUGUCUGUUUGGCCAAUCAUAUGAUCUCAUUUGUUCACUAGAUCCGUGCACAGCCACACACAAACAUAAAAAAAACACAGUCAUGGUGGAUUAUAAGGGGAAACACACAAUGAUGAGCAAAGAAACACCUGGAUGAAAGCCAUAGGUAUGACAUCACACUCAGAGGCUGGUAUGCUACCAUAAAUUAGUGUGGCUGAGGUCAGAUGUGGGUGUGAUCCCACAAUGUCUGCUUGUGGGUCAAUGUAUAUGUGUCUGUCUGUGAGAUUAGUCACCAGCAGGCGCACUCCGGUAACAAAGGUUCAUUGAAGACUUGUUUGGAGGCUGUCUGCCUCUCCCUCUUUCUUUGUCUGGAAAAAUGUUUUUGUCAUUAUAUCAGCAGUAGCAUUGCACAAAAUACUUGGAAAGCCUUUUUUUCUUCUUGUAGCAGAUGGGAUCAUUUUGCUGAAUAAAAUCCAGCAUCAUAGACAUUUAAUGGCUACAAAACACGCUUUAUUAGACCACUAAAGCUGCUCCUUUUAUGUCAUCAUAUGGAAAAAUUUGGAGGUGAUACAUGUAUUUGACGGGUUUUGACUGUUGACAUUAAAUAGGGGGUCACUUCAUCACUUAUAAACCCAGAGGGUAAAAUAAGCAGGGAAAAAACACCAGUAGUGAUUCUCAAAUUGUGAGCUUCAUGCCCCUAGUGGGACAUGAAGGUACUGCAGGUGGGCUAUGACUGGUCAUUUAUAAUUAAUAGAUUUCAAAAGAAAUAAUUCUACUGAAAUUUUUUUUACAUUUUAAAAAAUUUAAAUUGGUGUGAAUAUAUAAUUUUAAGCAUUAAACAUGUUUCGAGUGGCUGACAGUUGCAUUGGAUCUUAAAAAGUUCUCGUAACAUUUCAGCACAUGGACUACAAGCAAAGCAACAAAUCUAAAAUAUAGUUCCAAACACAUGAUGCAAACCCAUAAAUUCAGUAAACGAAAUAAUUCAUAAUAUAAAAAUAUAAAAUACAUGAGAGGUGAGAAAGUUGAAGCCUGAAAUGCCAACAUGUGAGUACUGCCACAGUUAGCUGAAUAGCAUUAUGUAUUGGAUAACAUCUACAGUCUACUCACUUCAUCAAAUAACAACUUGCGAUUUAAUGAAAACAUUUUAAUUGCCUGAACUUUUACACACAGGACAAAUUAAUGCGUUGUGUCAGCAGUUUAGGUAGACCACACCAUAAAGGCUAGCUAGUUAUGAGCCGAACUAGAGUAAAAACAGCCUACAACAAGUAGCCUCCAUAUUAUACUUUGAAACUAUAUAACUGGAAAGAUAACGCGCUGGGCUUUUUAAAACUCUGGUAUCUUGCAGUUAUGUGUUACGCCUGCAAGAUAAAAUCUGUAACACAUCAGUCACACUAACAUUUAUCCAAACCGUGAGAGGCCGUUUUGUUGUCUGUUGCUUAUCUUUCUAUUGAAGAUUGAGCUUCCUUUGUUGUUGUUUGUUAUUUUGGAAAAGUGGAACCACAGUGGCAGUGGAACCCUGUUAGAACCCGUGUUUUAUUUUUACGUGGAUGGCUGCGAAAAUGUUGGUCGCCUUGGUGAGAGAGAGCACGGCAAAGAAAAGACGAUCCCUUGGCCAAUAUAUUGGGUGGAAAUAUCAGGUCCUGACAUUUUUAUGGUUGUUACUUUGACACCUAUCACGGUCAGGUGGUUUUAAUGUCGAGGCGUGUAUCUGUUUGUAUUACAGGUUAUUUGAAAAUGCAUUGCCACUAGAGGGUGAUGUUAGCACACCUCCUCUCAAAGAAAGGAUGCCUGCACUGAGCAAGCCAGAAAGAUGUAAGGACCGAGCUUAGAGCCACCUUCUAAAUGAGAGUCAGAGCAGGGCUGUGUGUGUGUGUGUGUGUCUUUGUGUGACAUCUUGGCCCACUAAUCCAGUGGCCCAUUAAUCUGCUUUACUCCUGAGCAACUCUCGUGUUGUCUGCCCGCCUGUUUGCUUGAUUUUGUGUGCGUGCGUGUGUGAGAGCUUGACUCUGCCACGGUUCAUAGACUUCGCUGAUUGUCCAGUGUGACAAUAUACUGUGACAUAGUGGAUUUAAUAUUAAGGAUCAGUGAUAAUCUCUUUUGAUUUCAUGGCACUUGGAAAACAGCCAUAUAUAGAGAAGUUGCAGGGACCAGAUUUCUGCUUCACUUCUGAUGUUCAUGCUUGCACAAACUUACCAAGCUUGACAUCCUUUAUAGCCCUGAGUAGUUUAACUUCAAGCAAUGUCUCUUUGAGUCUGGAAAUAAAUGGCAUGACCUGAGACAGCAGACUAUUGCAAGUGUGACUGUUUGAUUAUAGCACUUGACAUUAUUAUUAUUGAUUCAGAUGUUUUGGGGUGCUUCAUCACGCUGCGUAUCUGGCAGGAAAUCAAGUGCAAAUGCGUAAAAUCUUAAAAUUAAGGCAGAUUUCCAUGAUUAUUAGUUGUAAAGCCUAAAGCCUCAAUUACACUUUCUGCUCCACAUGAUUAAAAUUUUAUCGUCUGCCAAGAUCUGUGAGGGUUUGCGAGUGCCAACAAAUAUGUGAGCGCAGGUUUUUGCAGACACGUACUAUAUCAAAGUUUAAACACAAUCCCACAUGUCUCUUGUCCAUGUUUUUGGGCGUAAGUUCGACGUAGGAUCAGUGAUGUCAGGAUACAAAUAACCUGAUAGAAAAUCUCAAAGAACUACCAAAAAAAUAAGCGCAUCUUUUCAACUUAUAAUCACAAAACUUUAAUAUCCCAUUUAACAUAUUAGUGUUUGUUCUCCUUUGCUAUUAUGCCAGUUUGAUUUAUGAAGUAAUCAGUUGGUUUAAGCCCAUUUGGAUGAGGAGGUGGCUUCAUGCUCCUCUAUGUCUCUGCGUGGAAGUUUAUUACAGUAUAAUUGGAUUAAAUGUGUAAAGUCGGUGGAACAACUGACUCCAAGUCUCUUUUUUUUUCUGCUCCAAAGAUGGAUGAUUUCUGCGGGACGGUGUCGAGUUGAAAACACUACAUUAUGACUAAUUGAGUAACACCACAGGGGGGGGCAUGUGUGUGACAGGCAGAAUAGCCAAAGGGAAAGCAAUGCACACACAUUCAUAUUCAUUUCUCUCUUAUGUCAUUCUCAGCUGUGUCUUUUUGCAAUUAUCUUUUUUCAGUUUGUUCUUAUUGAUAUUUCUGCACGGUUUUCUCUCAUUUUACUCCCUUUUUUUUGUUCAUGUCGUCUUGCAGUUAUUACAUCAUUUCUUAUGUCUUUCCCUCCUCACUUGUUUUGCCUCUAUCUCCUGUACAUCUGGCUCCCUCUCUCCCCCCUCCUUCACUCUCCUGGGGACAAAGACACCCACGUCUCCUCCUCCUUCCUUCUUUUCUCUCUUCCGUCUCCCUCCCCCCUUUCACAUCCAUAGGCUGCCUACUGCUCCGCUUUCCCUCCCUCCUUUGGUUCUUCCCUCCACUCGAGUCCCACUCCUCGUGCUGCUUGCUGUGUAUCUGUGUGUGUCAGUGUAGUAGAGGUUUGUAGUAGAGGGGGGAGGCGGAGGCUGUGAGCUUAAGUCGGCAUUAUCCAUCAUUACAGAGUUAGCUGGCUAGCACAGCGCUAGCCCAAAGACCACAGAAGCUGGGGCUUUUCCCAAUUUAGCUGUCCUUUAGAGGAAGAUUGGAUCUCUUCUCUUCUCUUCUCUUCUCUUCUCUUCUCUUCUCUUCUCUUCUCUUCUCUUCUCGAUAUUAAAUGGAAGGACUAUACCAUGAUAUUUCCAGGAUUGCCUACUACACAGAAUAUGACAGACACCUAGCAGCGGCAGUGUCUGCAGGGAAAACCAUGGCGUCAGCCUACCUGGACCCCAACCUGAAUCACACCCUCCUCGAAGGGGCCAAGUCCCGACUGAGUGCGGGGGGAUCGGACCGAACCAUGGCCGGCUCCGUGGACAGGGUUCUGAAAGUCUGCCAUCACUUUGAGAGCAACACAGAAAAUAGCUGCUGGUCUUCCAAUAUAAGAUACGGUGAUGCAACCGAUGUCAGGGGGAUCAUCCAGAAGAUUUUAGACAUCAACAAAGUGCGCUGGACUUCAUGUUUUGGCCUGCGGCUCAGUAACGGUCAAUCCAAAGACCAAGUGCACUGGCUCCACCCAGAUUUGGGCGUAUCCCACGUCAGAGAGAAAUAUGAACAAGCACGGCCAAAUGAAGAGUGGAGGUAUGAGUUAAGAAUCCGAUAUCUACCAAAGGGCUUUGUGCAGCAGUUUACAGAAGACAAACCUACUCUCAACUACUUCUACCACCAGGUGAAGAACGACUACAUGACAGAAAACGGAGAUCAAGUGGAACAAGAUGUAGCUCUCAAACUGGGCUGUCUCGAAAUUAGGAGGUUUUUUAAAGAGAUGAGAGGAAAUGCCCUGGACAAGAAAUCUAACUAUGAACUACUGGAGAAAGACGUUGGUUUGAGGCGGUUUUUCCCAAAAGACCUGCUGGAUUCAGUUAAGGCUAAAACGCUUCGAAAAUUGAUUCAGCAGACAUUUAAGCAAGUAGCCAACCUUAAUGAUGAGCAGUGCAUCCUGAAGUUCUUGGAGAUACUUGCACCAAUUUACCGCUAUGACAAGGAGUUCUUCAAAUGUGCCCUUGGGUCCAGCUGGGUGAUCCAGGUAGAAUUAGCCAUUGGGCCAGAGGAAGGAAUCAGCUACCUCACUGACAAGGGGUCCACGCCCACCCAUCUAGCAAAUUUUAAUCAAGUCCAGUCCAUCCAGUACUCAGCUAUGGAGGAAAAGGACAGGAAAGGCAUGCUACAACUGAACGUAGCCGGAGCUGCUGAGCCUCUCACAGUUACGACAGCAUCUCUCACCACGGCGGAGAACUUGGCUGACUUGAUUGAUGGUUACUGUCGACUCGUAUCCAUGGAAACUCACUCCUUCAUUAUCAGAGUUCAGAAAGAGGGAGAGAGAGCGCUGCCUUCCAUCCCAAAACUUUCUAACAGUGAAAAAAAGUUAGAAGCAGUCCGGAGUGGAGUAAGAGCGAUCUCUGUCUCAGAAGAUCUUAGUGGGGAUGAAACCGAUGACUAUGCAGAGAUAGUUGAUGAAGAGGACACCUACACCAUGCCCUCAAUGAGCUAUGGAGUAGUUGAAGCGCGGGACUAUGAGAUCCAGAGGGACAGGAUAGAGUUGGGCCGCUGCAUUGGAGAGGGUCAGUUUGGCGAUGUACACCAAGGAGUCUACAACUGUCCAGACAAAGCAUCUCUAGCUGUCGCCAUUAAGACCUGUAAGAACUGUACCUCGGACAGCGUCAGAGAAAAGUUCCUGCAAGAAGCACUGACAAUGCGUCAGUUUGACCAUCCUCACAUUGUUAAGCUGAUCGGCGUGAUCACAGAGAACCCGGUGUGGAUCAUCAUGGAGCUCUGUACUCUUGGAGAGUUGCGCUCGUUCCUUCAGGUGAGGAAGUACAGUCUUGACCUGGCCACGCUCAUCCUGUAUGCCUACCAGCUCAGCACAGCUCUGGCCUACCUGGAGAGCAAACGCUUUGUACACAGGGAUAUAGCAGCUCGCAACGUGUUGGUCUCUGCGGUGGACUGUGUGAUGCUUGGAGACUUUGGUCUAUCACGAUACAUGGAGGACAGCUCUUACUACAAAGCUUCUAAAGGUAAACUUCCCAUUAAGUGGAUGGCUCCUGAAUCUAUCAAUUUUAGGAGAUUCACGUCUGCAAGUGACGUCUGGAUGUUCGGUGUAUGCAUGUGGGAGAUCUUGAUGUACGGCAUCAAGCCCUUCCAGGGGGUGAAAAACAAUGACGUGAUUGGCAGGAUAGAAAACGGGGAGCGCCUGGCGAUGCCUCCCCAGUGUCCGCCCACCCUCUACAGUUUGAUGACCAAAUGUUGGUCAUAUGACCCCAGCAAGCGUCCGCGAUUCACUGAACUCAAAACACAACUCAGCACAAUACUGGAGGAAGAGAAGCUCCAGCAAGAAGAGAGACUCCGAAUGGAAAUGAGGAGACAAGUCACCGUUUCAUGGGACCCAGAUGAAGCACCACCUAAACCUAGCAGACCAGGUUACCCCAGUGAAGGCUUCGUCAGCAACUCCCCGCACAACCACUUCCCGCAAUCAGCCCAUGGUGGUGUAGGUGGAGGAGUUGGAGGCAGCUAUCCUCCUACUGAUUCCUGGAAUCCGCACAGACCUGAACAUACUGCACCAUGGAGCCCGAAUAUGGAGGACAUUGGAUGUGUAGGUCAGGCUCUGAUGGAGGAAAGGCUGAUGAUGCAGCAGCAACAGAUGGAGGAUGACCAGCGGUGGUUGGAGCAGGAGGAGAGCUUCAUGAAGGCGGAGUCCAGAAACAGCAGAGGGAGCGUCGACAGGGAGGACGGCACACUACAAGCACCGGGUGGAAGUCAACAUAUCUACCAGCCUGUUGGGAAACCAGAACCUGUGGCACCUCCCAAAAAGCCGCCCCGCCCAGGAGCUCCAGCUAACUUAACCAACCUGCCCAGUCUCUGCCCCGUAGAAAGCUACAAUGACGGGGUCAAGCCGUGGAGGUUGCAGCCUCAAGAGAUCAGCCCACCUCCCACCGCCAACUUGGAUCGUUCCAACGACAAAGUGUAUGAGAAUGUGACGGGACUGGUUAAAGCUGUGAUCGAGAUGUCGAACAGGAUCCAGCCCGCUGCCCCGGAGGAGUACGUCCCCAUGGUCAAGGAAGUGGGUUUGGCUCUGAGGACUCUGCUGGCCACAGUGGAUGAGACGAUUCCUGUGCUGCCAGCCAGCACACACAGAGAGAUUGAAAUGGCCCAGAAGCUGCUGAAUUCAGAUCUGGCCGAGUUGAUAGCGAAGAUGAAGUUGGCGCAGCAGUAUGUCAUGACAAGUUUACAAAAGGACUACAAGAAACAGAUGCUAAUGGCAGCUCACGCCCUCGCAGUUGACGCCAAGAACCUGCUGGACGUCAUCGACCAAUCACGGCUCAAGAUGAUCAACCAGACCCGCCCACAUUAGCCCGGGAUCUAACCAACUUGGCGGUUUUUGAUGAAGUGAAUCCAAAUGCAGGACAGGAAAAGAGGGCCCGGGAGUUUGGUAGUUCUCGGGAAUUUAAUAAGAGACUGAGAAGGAUCGGCAGGUGGACAGAGUGAUGAAGGUCUGACGUGGAAAACCGAUGAACAGCAGACACGACAAACUGAAACAAUCAGCCCCUCCCCCCCUCGUUCUCUCUGGAAAAAAGUCAUGUUUUGGCCAAUGUUGUGUUGUUUUGUACUUCAGUUGUAUUAUUGCCUUUUUGUAUCCAGAGAAACCCUCUUCUGUCUCAUCACAUAUCCUCAAAAAAAAACCUUUUUUUCCAGAAUGACUCAUUACUCAUUUAAAUCUUUGAAGAUUCAAAUAAAAUGUCUGGGAAGCUCACUUGAAGGACUGGACAGGUAUUUUUGGUGAAUGGACCCACCAAUCUUUGCCACGAGAACACAUGACUGACACUCCACAAACGCAGGAGGAAGCAACUGGAACUGAAGAGCCUGCAUGAGGAGGAUGAUGAAGAUGAUUUCAUAAAGUUCUUUAAACAUGCUUUUAUAUUAUUAUUAUUAUUGUGGUUGUUGUUGCUAUGUUCAUCCCUGCAGUAUGCCUCUGUUUUCUUAAACUUUGUAUGAACAAAAGUGAUCGAUUUACACCACGGUUGCUCAUAAUUUCAUCUCUUUUCUCUUCUUUUCACCCCACUCUAGACUUCUUUAUCUCAGGCAUCAAGAUACAGCAUAAACAUUUGAGUAUUAAAAAAAAAUGCAACAGCUAUAGGUCUUUUUAAAUAUAAAAACUGCUACAUGCAACUUUUAAAGUUAACUUGCAUAAGUAAAUAUACAAAGAAGCUCUAUUUUUAACACAUUUCUGAGGCAUGAAUUGUUAGUAAAUAAUAAAUAUUGGAGAGGGGAGAACAGGAGGGAGGAGUGGAAGGGACAAAUGGAGGGAGGGUAGUUUUUAAGUUACAGUGGAGGUGCUAAUAAUACUAUACAGCUGCUUGCCCUGUGCCAAAUGAACAUUUCACUCAAAACAUUGCUUAACUGUGGAAUACAAGAACAAGUUUAGCAACAGCUUAACUGUUGUUUCUCUGCUUAUCCUCUAAAAUUUUAAUUGGUUUGUAUAUUAAAGCUCUCUGUACCAUGCCAUCAGUCGGGUUGUUUUCUCUUUGUCAAACUUUCAGGUGAUUAGUAGAAUAUUUAGUCUUUGUUGCACUCUAGUUGUAUCUGUAACGCACCAAGAGCUGUUUUAAAUUAAGGGUGUCGACCUCAUUCGCAAGGGUUUGGUCAUGAUUUUAAAAUAUGAAAUUGUUAUCCUGUUUUCCUCCCCCACCUUUCUACCUCCCUCCACUGCAGUUAUUUAUACCUUUUUAAUCCUUCUCUACUUCUGGUCUAUCUAUUCGUCCCCUCACCUUUGUGUUCCUUCUCUCCUCCCUCUCAUCCUCUCGCUGUUCCCUCUCCCCUGAGGUGAGCAAUAUUCUCAGGAAGGAGACAGUUGUACAGUUGCUAAACCGAGCAAAUAAAACACUGUUAUUAUUGAAGCAA